CCGACCGGACGCCACACUUGCCACAUGAUCUCGCCGACAGAAUCACUGCCUACGCAUUGGUGGAUCACCUGCCUCGUGGAGUGACGUCAUCGGCACCAACAGUAUUAAAGGACCAUCGAGACACGGGCCACUUCAGAGGGCACGGCACCCAGCCUGUGGACAGCAUGUCUAAGCCGCUGCUGCUGCUUUUGCAGGUCCUGCCGUGUUUUUCCGCUCUGGCUUCAUCAAGCGAUACCGACCGGACGCCACACUUGCCACAUCAUCUCGCCGACAGAAUCACUGCCUACGCAUUGGUGGAUCACCUGCCUCGUGGAGUGACGUCAUCGGCACCAACAGUAUUAAAGGACCAUCGAGACACGGGCCACUUCAGAGGGCACGGCACCCAGCCUGUGGACAGCAUGUCUAAGCCGCUGCUGCUGCUUUUGCAGUGACUAUAUAAGCGACUCGGACACGAGGAAGCAUCAGCAGUCCUUCUCUUUUCAAAGGUCCUACUGCCACAGCCAUGUUCCGUGUCGUCGUCAUCCUGGCCCUAGCCUCCAGCGCCCUUGCUGGAUUCCUCCACGGUGGCUACAAUCUCGGCCAUGGUGUCGGCCUAACUAGCUACGGUCUCAGCCACGGAAUUGGCUACUCCGGCCUCACCGGCUUCGGUGUCGGCCACGGCCUUACCUAUGGACCAGCCACCGGCUACGCUGUCGCUAGCCCAGCUUUCUCUAGAGCCGUGUCCGCCUACCAUGCUGCUCCAGCCGUGGCCACUGUUCACGCUGCCCCAGCUGUCACUGCUGUCCACGCUGCGCCAGCUGUCGCUACCUACGCCGCAGCUCCAGUCGCCACCGUCGCUGCUGCUCCAGCGGUGUCCCGCGUGACCACCUACCAGUCCGCCCCAGUUGUCGCCGCCGCCCCAGCUGUCGCGACCGUGGCCGCUGCUCCAGCCGUGUCCCGCUUCACCGCUUACCAGUCAACUCCAGUCGUUGCCGCUGCUCCAGCUGUGUCCCGCGUCACCUACCAGGCCGCCCCAGCUGUGACUAAGGUCUACCAGAGCGCAUCAGUCAUCGCUGCUGCUCCAGCUGUCUCUCACGUCACCUACCAGGCGGCACCAGCUGUCACUAAGGUAUACCAGAGCGCCCCAGUCGUCGCUGCUGCCCCCGCUGUGUCCCGCGUCACCUACCAGUCUGCCCCAGCUGUUACCAAGGUCUUCCAGUCUUCUCCAGUCGUUGCUGCUCCAGCUGCCUCCCGUGUCGCCUACCAGGCUGCCCCAGCUGUGACCAAGGUCUUCCAGUCGUCUCCAGUCGUUGCUGCCCCAGCUGUCUCCCGUGUCGCCUACCAGGCCGCCCCAGCUGUGACCAAGGUCUACCAGAGCGCCCCAGUUGUCGCCGCUGCCCCAGCUGUAGCUACCGUGGCUGCUGCACCCGCCGUGUCCCGCGUCACCACCUUCCAGUCUGCUCCAGCUGUAACCAAAGUGUUCCAGUCUACCCCAGUUGUGGCUGCCGCUCCUGCUGUGGCAACCGUCGCCCACGCUGCCCCAGUCGCCACCUAUGCGGCUGCGCCAGCUUUCGCUACCGUUCAUGCCACCCCAGCUGUUGCUACUACCACCGUUCACCAUGCCCCAGCUGUCGCCACUGUCGCCCACACUAUCCCAACCUUCGCUGCCUACCACGCCACCCCAGUCUACGGCUACGGUGUUGGAAGCCUAGGCUACGGUGCUGGUCACUAUGGUCUCGGCCACGGCUUCGGUGUGUACGGCCUGAGCUAUGGCUAUGGUCUUGGCACUCCCUUUGACUACAACACCCUCGUCCGCAAGAAGAAGUCUAUGUGCCAGAUUCACCCAAAUGUGGGCACUGUCCUUAGGGUGUCCUCACCCCAACCUUCUCUCAGCUACCAGGAUAGACGUGAGGAUGAGAGUGUUCGGGUCGGGGGAACCUACAGCAGUCUUUUGUGUGCUAAGGGUACAAGUGCCACAGCCAUGUUCCGUGCCUGCGUCAUCCUGGUGCUGGCCUCCAGCGCCCUUGCGCAAUUCCACUUCAGUGGUUACAACCUCGACCACGGCGUCGGCCUAACCAGCUACGGCGUUAGCCACGGAACGGGCCACUCUAGCCUAGCCGGAUAUGGUUUCGGCCAAGGCAUUGCCUAUGAACCAGCCGCCAGCUACGCUGUUACAGACCCGGCUGUGGCUGAUUCCGUCUACAGCUACGACGCUUAUCCAGCGCUGACUGCUGCUCAGGCUUCCCCAGCUGUCAUUGCUUUCCACGCUGCGCCAGCUGUCGCUAAUUAUGCGGCGGCUCCAGUCGCCACUGUAGCCGCCGCACCUGCUGUGUCCUUCUUCACCGCCUACCAGCCUGACCCAUUCAUUGCGGCUGCCCCAGCUGUUCCCCGCUUCAUUUAUCCGGCAUCUCCAGUCACAGCUGCAGCCCCUGCUGUCUUCCCUUCCUCCUACCAGUCUGCUCCAUCGCUCGCUAGCUACGUUUCCCCAGGUGUCAGUGCUUUCCACGCUGCUCCAGCCGUCGCUAAUUACGCGGUGGCUCCAGUCGCCACUGCUACCGCCGCUCCUGUUGUGUCACGCUUCACCGCCUACCAGUCUGACCCAUUCAUUGCGGCUACCCCUGCUGUAUCCCGCCUCAUUUAUCAGGCAUCUCCAGUCACAGCUGCAGCCCCUGCUGUCUUUCGCGCCUCCUACCAGUCUGCCCCAGCGCUCCCUACCUACGCUUCCCCAGCUGUCAGUGCUGUCCACGCUGCGCGAGCUGUCGCUUCUUACGCCGCGGCUCCAGUCGUCACUGCUGCCACCGCUCCUGCCUUGUCCCGCUUCCCCAGCUACAAGUCUUACCCGCUCUUUGCGGCUACCCCCGGUGUUUCCCGCUUCAUUUACCAGGCUGCUCCAGUCACAGCUGCCGCUCCUGGUGUAUUCCGCGCCACGUACCAGUCAGCUCCAGCAUUCGCUACCUACGCUGCCCCAUCUCUGACCAAGGUGAUUCAGUCUGCCUCGACCGGUGGUGCCCCAACAGUCUCCCGUGUUACCUUCCAUGCCACCCCAACCGUGCUCAAGGACCAGCAGAACAACCAAGUUACCACUGCCAAAGCUGUUGCGACCGUGGCUGCUGGCUCAGCCGGGUCCCACGUCACCACCUAGCAGUCUGCUCCCGCAGACUCCACAUACGGAGCCCCAGCUGUCAGCAAGGUGUUGCAUUCUUCCGCAACUCUGGCUGCGGCACCAGCUACGACCUCCAUCACACACGCUGCUCCAGCCGUUGCUGCCUCGCACAACUCCCCAGUAUAUGGCUAUGGCAGUGGAAACGUUAACCCCGGCGAUAGUCACCAUGGCCUCCACCCCGGCAUUGGUGUCUACGGCCAGAACUCCCGCACCCACAGGAGGAAAUAAAUAAUUCAACUCUUCAGAGGACCUGCCUCGUCGAUAAGGAUAUGACAAACGUGUUGGACUUGAGCUCAGUUGUGCAUGUUGUUAAAUUAUGCUGCCACAAUAAAUGUUUCCUGUUGUAC